GGUUCAGCUAAGUUACUUUCUCACCUGACGGUCCGUCGCAGCAGGGAGCCAUUCUUUCUCCGCUUUGAAAACCUUUCACCUGAUUAACUUGUUUUAUAGACAGCAUUUAUCAACCUCGAUAAAUCCUGUUUCUUGUUUUUCAAGAAGAGUCCAGCAGGAGAGAGCAAAACCCCCUGGACCCAGCUGUGUCUCCAUGAAGAGUUACCACUUUAUGAAACAACCUUGGAAAUGUAAAGAUGGAAAUCAGUCUAUUGAGAAGAGCCCAGAGAAGCAGGAGAGAGCAGACUCUCCUGGACCAAGCUGUGCCUCCAUGAAGAGUGACUGGUCUAGGGGUCAUCCUGUUAGGUUUAAAGAUGGACGCCCCUCCAGAGAGGAGAGACACCAGGAGAGGUCAAAGGUUACCAGAGCUCAGUCUGUACAGCAGCGUCAAACUGAGCUGAUCAAGAGGGCUGAGGAGAACGCACAUGCUUUUCUAGACAAGGAGCUGAAGAAGCUCUGGAGGGAUCUCUUCUCAGAUUACCCACAAUGCUCAGAGAGGGAGGAAGGGGAGGAGGUGGAUGGUAAGAAGGAGGAGCAGAGGAGGCGCGCCAUAGAGGGAGUGGUGGACAUCACAAAGCUCUGCCUGAUGGAUAUGAACCAGAAGGGACUGGCCGACAAACUGUUGAGCGGUCUCCAGUCUACUAUGGAUAAAGAGAGAAAGGAGGGGGGUCCUACCUCUAAGACCACUAUGUCUGGGGAACAUGGCUGCCAGAGCAAAGCUAAGAGCCCAGAGCAGCAGCAGAGAGCAGACUCCCCUGGACCCAGCUGUGUCUCCAUGAAGAGUGACCGGUCUAUGGAUGAACCUGUUACCUUUAAAGAUGGACGCCCCUCCAGAGAGGAGAGGAGGCAGCAGAGAGCAGACUCCCCUGGACCCAGCUGUGUCUCCAUGAAGAGUGACUGGUCUAUGGAUCCACCUUAUAACUUUAAAGAUGGACGCCCCUCCAGAGAGGAGAGCCCAGAGCAGCAGAAGAGAGCAGUCUCUCCUGGACCCAGCUAUGUCUCCAUGAAGAGUGACCGCUCUAUGAAAAAACCUCCUGACCUUAAAGAUGGACGCCCCUCCAGAGAGGAGAGCCCAGAGCAGCAGCAGAGAGCAGUCUCUCCUGGACCCAGCUGUGUCUCCAUGAAGAGUGACCACUCCAUGGAUAAACCUCUUGAGCUUAAAGAUGGACGCCCCUCCAGAGAGGAGAGACCACACCAGAAGAAUUCAAAGGUUACCAGGCCUGUACAGAAGCAUCAAACAGAGCUGAUCAAGAGGGCUGAGGAGAACGCACACGCAUUCCUAGACAUGGAGCUGAAGAAGCUCUGGAGGGAUCUCUUCUCAGAUUACCCACAAUGCUUAGAGGGUCAGAGAGUGGAGGGGGAGGAGGUGGAUGGUAAGAAGGAGGAGCAGAGGAGGCGCGCCAUAGAGGGAGUGGUGGACAUCACAAAGCUCUGCCUGAUGGGGAUGAACCAGGAGGAACUGGCCGACACACUGUGGGGCGGAUCUGCUGCUGUCGAUUGCCAACAUAAAAUGAAGUCUCAUUUGAAGAAGAAGUUCAGGUGUGUGUUUGAGGGAAUCUCUAAAGCAGGAAAGCGAAUAGAUCUGCACGACUUCUACACAGAGAUCUUCAUCACAGAGGGAGGCAGUGGAGAGGUCAACAAGGAACAUGAGGUCAGACUGAUUGAAACAGCUUCCAGGAAACCAGCCAAGGAAGAAACACCAAUCAGAUGUGAGGACAUCUUUAAACCCUUACCUGGACACGAUCAACCAAUCAGGACGAUAAUGACAACUGGAGUGGCCGGCAUUGGUAAAACCGUCUUAACACACAAGUUCACUCUGGACUGGGCUGAGGGCAAAACCAACCAGGACACACACUUCACAUUUCUCCUCACUUUCAGAGAGCUGAAUUUACUGAAAGGGAAAGAGUUUAGCUUGGUGGAACUUCUUCAUUACCUCUUUAUUGAGACCAAAGAAGCAGGAAUCUGCAGAUUCGACCCGUUCCAAGUUGUCUUCAUUUUGGAUGGUCUGGAUGAGUGUCGACUUCCUCUGGACUUCCAGAACAAACGGAUAUGGAAUGAUGUCACAAAAUCCACCUCGGUGGACGUGCUGCUGACAAACCUCAUCAGGGGCGACCUGCUUCCCUCUGCUCGCAUUUGGAUAACCACACGCCCUGCGGCAGCCAAUCAGAUCCCUGCUGAGUGUAUUGACAUGGUGACAGAGGUGAGGGGGUUCACCGACCAACAGAAGGAGGAGUAUUUCAGGAAGAGAUUCAGAGAGGAGACGCUGGCCAGCACAAUCAUCUCCCACGUCAAGAAAUCACGAAGCCUCCACAUCAUGUGUCACAUCCCAGUCUUCUGUUGGAUCACUGCUUCAGUUCUGGAGGACAUCUUCAAAAAAUCCCAGAUCGAAGAGAUGCCCAAGACCGUGACUCAGAUGUACAGCCACUUCCUGAGGGUUCAGUCCAUACAGGGGGACAGGAAGUACCAUGGGAGGGCUGAAACAGAUCCAGACUGGAGUUCAGAGAACAGGCAGAUCAUUGUUUCUCUGGGAAAACUGGCUUUUAACCAGCUGGAGAAAGGCAACCUGAUCUUCUACGAGGAAGAUAUGACAGAGUGUGACAUCAAUAUCAGAGCAGCCUCAGUGUACUCAGGAGUGUUCACCCAGAUCUUUAAAGAGGAGUGUGGGCUGUACCAGGACAAGGUGUUCUGCUUUGUCCAUCUGAGCAUCCAGGAGUUUAUGGCUGCCCUUUAUGUCUUCUGGUCCUUUAUCAACAAUGGGGUCAAUAUGCUCUCAACCUCCAGGAAAGAUAAACUCCUCCUCUACCAGAGUGCUGUGGACAAGGCCUUACAGAGUGAGAACGGACACCUGGACUUGUUCCUCCGCUUCCUCCUGGGCCUCUCUCUGGAGACCAAUCAGGUUGUCCUACGAGGUCUACUGGGACAGAAAAAAAGAUCACUGACCACUCAGAUUAAAACAGGUCUGCUGCGUCUGAAAGGAAGUAGCUCACGGACAAAUAAGGGAACAGUGUCUUACAUUCAGGAGAAGAUAAAAGGAGAUCUAUCUCCAGAGAGAAGCAUCAAUCUGUUCCACUGUCUGAAUGAGCUGAACGACUGUUCUCUAGUGAAGGAGAUCCAACAGUACCUGAUAUCAGGAAGUCUCUCCAGAGAAUCUCUCUCCCCUGCUCAGUGGUCAGCUCUGGUCUUCAUCCUACUGACAUCAGAAGAGGAGCUGCACGUGUUUGACCUGAAGAAAUACUCUGCUUCAGAAGAUGGUCUUCUCAGGCUGCUGCCAGUGGUCAAAGCCUCCAAAACAUCUCUGCUGAAGGACUGUGAUCUGUCAGAGAGAUGCUGUAAAGCUCUGGCCUCAGUUCUCAGCUCCAACUCCUCUAGUCUGAGAGAGCUGGACCUGAGUACCAAUGAUCUGCAGGAUUCAGGAGUGAAGCUGCUCUCUGCUGGUCUGGGGAGUCCCCACAGUACACUGGAAACUCUCAGGCUGAAGGGCUGUCAUCUGUCAGAGAGAUGCUGUGAAGCUCUGGCCUCAGUUCUCAGCUCCAACUCCUGUAGUCUGAGAGAGCUGGACCUGAGUACCAAUGAUCUGCAGGAUUCCGGAGUGAAGCUGCUCUCUGCUGGACUGGGGAGUCCCCACUGUACACUGGAAACUCUCAGGCUGAAGGGCUGUCAUCUGUCAGAGAGAUGCUGUGAAGCUCUGGCCUCAGUUCUCAGCUCCAACUCCUGUAGUCUGAGAGAGCUGGACCUGAGUACCAAUGAUCUGCAGGAUUCCGGAGUGAAGCUGCUCUCUGCUGGACUGGGGAGUCCCCACUGUACACUGGAAACUCUCAGCUUGUCAGGCUGCCUGGUCACACAGGAAGGCUGUGCUUCUCUGGCCUCAGCUCUGAGCUCCAACCCCUCCCAUCUGAGAGAGCUGGACCUGAGCUACAAUCACCCAGCAGACUCUGGAACUGCGCUGCUCUCUGCUGGACUGGAGGAUCCACGCUGGAGACUGGACACUCUCAGUGUGGAGCACGGUGGAGAGUGGAGGCUGAAACCAGCUCCACUGAGAUAUGCCUGUGAACUCACACUGGAUCCCAACACGGCCCACAGACACCUCUCUCUGUCUGAGGACAACAGGAAGGUGACGCGGGUUGAAGAGGACCAGUCGUAUCCGGAUCACCCAGACAGAUUUGACUCCCAGACCCAGGUGUUGGGUAGAGAGGCUCUGACUGGCCGCUGUUACUGGGAGGUAGAGUGGGGAGGAUGGGUUGAUAUAGGAGUGACAUACAGAGGAAUCACAAGGAGAGGAGAGGGUGAUGACAGCCUGCUUGGAGGGAACAACAAGUCCUGGAGUCUUUAUUGUAAUGAUGGUCGUUACUCUGCCCGGUACAACGGUACAGGGACAGUCCUCCCUCUCCGCCCCGCUGGCUCCACCAGAGUAGGAGUGUAUCUGGACCGGCCUGCUGGCACUCUGUCCUUCUACAGAGUGUCCCCAGGUGGAGGAGGAUCCUCAGACACACUGACACACCUCCACACCUUCUGUUCCUCCUUCACCCAGGAGGACCUCCUCCCGGGGGUUAGGGUAGAGUGGUGGCGGACCCCAGGGGGGACAUGGGGGUCCUCAGCGUCUCUGUGUCGGUUGUAGAAAAAAAAAAAACGGGCGCGGGGAGCAGGGGGGGCCC